AUGGAAGAAGGGUCUGAGGGAUAUGGACCGCAUGAGACGGAGAUCUUGAAGUUGAAGUACAAUGGUGGGGCCUUCGCCGUCUUCAUCUUGGCCACAUGCCGCCUUUGCGAGGCAAUGUCUGGAAGGCAAUAUCCAGUGCGCUUUGCCUGGACCCUGGUGGACCUCUACGAUGAUCUGACGGGGUCAGCCAAAGGCACUGCUCCGCUCCCGGUGCCGGUUCCCUCCUGCAUGGAAUCAUUUCUUGCCAUGCAGCGAAGCCAGAAGCAGAUUUGUGGCCUUGAAUGGGCCAAUCUGGGGGAGGUUUACACUUACCUAAGGAAUGGUAAGCAUUUAGAUAUCCCCAAGGAGUGGAGAAAAUUUCUCCCCAAAGAGCCACCCCUGGAGUCAGGAUGUUGA